UCCGCAGAAAAACCCUAUCCAUUACGGGGAGGAGGCGCCUAAGAAAUCGGCCGACAUGCAGAUCUUCGUGAAAACAUUGACCGGCAAGACCAUCACCCUUGAGGUCGAAUCCAGUGAUACUAUUGACAAUGUCAAAGCAAAGAUUCAGGACAAAGAAGGCAUUCCACCGGACCAACAGAGGUUGAUCUUCGCCGGGAAGCAGCUGGAGGAUGGCCGUACUCUUGCCGAUUAUAACAUUCAGAAAGAGUCAACAUUACACCUUGUUUUGAGGCUUAGAGGUGGCAUUAUUGAGCCGUCAUUGAUGGCAUUGGCCAGGAAAUAUAAUCAGGACAAGAUGAUCUGCCGCAAGUGCUAUGCUCGUUUACACCCUCGUGCUGUCAACUGCAGGAAGAAGAAAUGUGGACACAGCAACCAGCUGAGGCCAAAGAAGAAGAUUAAGUAAACAGUCUCUCAUUCAAGUUACGCAGUGUUAUCAUGGAUUUCGAGAUGCGCCUUGGAGUCCUGAUAGCUCUAGAUUGUUAGUAUUGUAGGUUUGUAGUUGAGCUACAAAUAUUUUUAAAAUUGCACUGGCAUAGAUAGUUCUAUUAUGAUUUUGGUCUUCUGUUUGAGAUGCCUUGAAACGAAUUAUGUUUCCGUUUUAUGUGUUAACAUUUUGGUUUUUGCUGACAAUAACCUGGGCAAGUAUGCUUAAAUGGUUGCUAUCGGUUUAUGUGCAUUUCAAAUUAUAAGUCAA